UCGGCCGCCGAUCUUUACUGAAGAGAACGCCGCGGAGCUCUAGGGCUCACUGGCUCUGGCUAAGGCAGGAGCCAUAGCAAUGUGGUGCGGCUACCGGAACCUCGGAGUGCGUCUCGGGCGCUUGUGCAGUAGUCUCCUGGCCCCCGCAAACACCCGCCACCGGAGCUUGACCACCUGCAUCGAUCCUUCCAUGGGACUAAAUGAAGAGCAAAAAGAAUUUCAGAAAGUGGCCUUUGACUUUGCUGCCCGGGAGAUGGCUCCAAAUAUGGCAGAGUGGGACCAGAAGGAGGUGUUCCCUGUGGAUGUGAUGCGAAAGGCAGCCCAGCUAGGCUUUGGGGGUGUCUACGUCCGCACAGACGUCGGUGGUUCUGGACUGUCAAGGCUUGAUACCUCUGUCAUCUUUGAAGCCUUGGCAACAGGCUGCACUAGUACCACAGCCUACAUAAGCAUCCACAACAUGUGUGCCUGGAUGAUUGAUAGCUUUGGAAGUGACGAACAGAGGCACAAAUUUUGCCCACCGCUCUGUACCAUGGAGAAGUUCGCUUCCUACUGUCUCACUGAACCAGGAAGUGGGAGUGAUGCUGCAUCCCUCUUGACCUCAGCUAAACGACAUGGAGAUCAUUACAUCCUCAAUGGCUCCAAGGCCUUCAUCAGUGGAGGUGGUGAAUCAGAUAUCUACAUAGUCAUGUGCCGAACUGGAGGACCAGGCCCAAAAGGCAUCUCAUGCAUAGUUGUUGAGAAAGGGACCCCUGGCCUCAGCUUUGGCAAGAAGGAGAAAAAGGUGGGAUGGAACUCCCAGCCAACUCGUGCCGUAAUCUUCGAAGACUGUGCUGUCCCUGUGGCCCACAGAAUUGGGAGUGAGGGGCAGGGCUUCCUCAUAGCCAUGAAAGGACUGAAUGGAGGACGUAUCAAUAUUGCUUCCUGCUCUCUGGGUGCUGCUCACGCUUCAAUCAUCCUCACCCGAGAUCACCUCAAAGUCCGAAAGCAGUUUGGAGCACCUCUGGCCAAUAACCAGUACCUUCAAUUCCAAUUAGCAAAUAUGGCAACAAGGCUGGUUGCCUCACGGCUGAUUGUCCGUAGUGCUGCAGUGGCUCUGCAGGAGGAGCAGGAAGAUGCAGUGGCUCUGUGCUCCAUGGCCAAGUUCUUUGCUACAGAGGAAUGCUUUGCAAUCUGCAACCAGGCUUUACAGAUGCAUGGAGGCUACGGCUACCUGAAAGAUUAUGCUGUUCAGCAGUAUAUGCGCGAUUCCAGGGUCCACCAAAUCCUAGAAGGUAGCAAUGAAGUGAUGAGGAUGCUGAUCUCUCGAAGCCUCCUUCAGGAAUAGCAUCCAUACUUGAUAUUCUGGCAUGGUGGUCAGUGUGCAACUGCAAUCAGGGUGGUUCCAUGUGUGGGCUCUUUGGUUCUAGGUGAAUUAUGGAUUAUAUUGAAGUGCUGAACUCUUCCAGAGUAGAACUUGCAUAUGUGUUGAUAGCAGUGUUGGCUCUCAGACUGGAGCAGAGUCCCUAGUAGAACUGGAAGAGCUGUUCUGAAGAGAAAUGUCACAAGAAGACCUUUCACCUUGUUUUCCUAAUGCCAGAGAGAUAACCAGUGAAUUUUCUGAACCAAAGUCUGUCUAGAUCUGCAUUUUCUUAAUUUAUCUCCAUUUUGCUAGUUCACUGGAUCCUUCUUCUUGGGGCCUAGGUAGAUCCACUGAGGCUUUUCUGGGCAAAGAUGUGAGGAGGGGAGGAGAGAAAAUUCCCUCUUGUGUACUUCUCUGUACUGUAGCCUCAAGAGUUUUGGAUAGCAUUAAUCUGAAUGUAAAUCAUGGUAAAGUGAAUAUUUGAGAAACUCUUCCUAAGCUGUGGUUUAGGCUGUGUCUCCUCUUCUGGAUUCCCUGAAUAUCAAGGGCUGAGAUUAUUUGGAAUUUUGAGUAUUUGGUUUUCCUUUUUCUUUUGGAGUUGCCUAUCAUCUAAGAACAGUGAUCAGGAUUUCUAUAACACUUCUUGAUAAGUACUUUGAGUAUAUUUUUUUCCCUGAGCUUUCAUUUCUUUUUUUGGAACUUCUUCUCUUUUUAAAUAUUUUUAAUUAUUACAUUGAUCAAUAAAAUUAAUUCCUUUCUGUACUGUC